AUGGGUGGCACAACAGAUCGCCAACAAGGGCUACAAAACCGACGCCGAAGCAGCCAGACACAUAGGCGUCCCCAAUCCACCAUCGGCAGAUGGAAGACCGGCAAGAAACAACCACUCGCCGAAACGAUGCGCAAAAUCUCCGAGUCCCUCAACAUCCCCAUGCAACAAGUCCUCGUCGCCGCCGGCUACCUCAAACCCGAAGAAACCGGAGUCGUCGAAGUCGUCUCCACGAAGGCACUCACGAACGAUCAGCUGCUGACCGAGAUCGCCUCCCGGUUGGUCGACGACAAGCUGGAAGCGUUGACUUCGGUAGAUCAAGCCGUAGAGGUUGACGGGAAGCAGUCGGACUACGACCUGGUGUCCAACCGGAAGGGUGAGACAGCGGAGCGUCGGCGCCGUCGACUUGAAGGUGAUUUUGAGGAUCAUCCACAGGCCGAAGGUCCCGAGUUCGGAGCA